AUGGAGCUGCCCCGGGUGACCUGCAGAGCUUGGGACGUUUGUCUCCUUAAAGCUUUGCUGGCUGAGUUUAUGGGCACCGGGAUCUUUCUCUUCACCAGCUUGGCCUCCAUCACUCCUUGGACUCAGCCUGCAGUUGACUCAGGGAAUCUGGGCAUCACUGCCCAGAGCCAGUCCUCCGUGGCUGGUUCUGAGCCGAGCAGUACCGUGUACUCAGCCCCGCCAGCUGCUGCUGCCACCCCAAGCCUGGGGGACGUGGGGAAGCAAGCUCCUUGCAGCUUGGCCUACCCCAACUCACUCCACGUGUCGCUGGCCUUUGGGAGCUCAGCAGCUGUCAUGUCGUACUGUGCAUUGCCCCUGAGCGGCGGUCAUCUGAACCCGGCAGUGACUGUCUCCAUGCUGGCGGCUGUGAAAGUGAGGCCAGCCUGGGCCAUGUGCUACAUCCUGGCACAGCUGCUUGGGGGCAUCACCGCCUCGGCUCUUCUCUACGGGCUGACUCCAGAACACACCAGGGGGGAGAUGGGUGUCAACAAGCCCAGCAGAGGCCAGGUCCUGGCCCAGCGGACCCUUCCACCUUGUAACGCUGUUGUUUUGUCUCUGCUUCUGAAAGCACAGCUGGCUCCGGGGGUCACGCUGCUGCAAGCCCUCAGCAUAGAGGUGAUCAUCUCCUUCCAGCUGGUCCUCUGCAUCCUCACCACGUCUGGGAGCAAGAGAGACCCUUCCAAGGGCAGGCACCUGGUCAUCGGGCUCUCUGUCAUGCUGGGGCACCUGGUUGCCAUCAAUUACACCGGAUGCAGCAUGAAUCCUGCCCGGUCACUGGGCCCUGCUUUGAUUACUUUUGAAUUUGCUAAUCACUGGGUCUUCUGGUUGGGCCCACUUGGCGGGGGUCUGGCUGCGGCCAUUCUCAAUGAGCUGGUACUGGCCCCGACAGGCAGCGGCUUCCGCCAGUGGCUGACCAUGCUGCAGGAGGGACCAAAGGCUGAGCGCAACCUGCAAUCCAAGGCUGAGAGCACCACCCAAGAGAUGGGAUUGAGCGAGACGCCCUGA